ACCCUUCCGGGGGUGUAGGUAAAAAGGAGGCGUGACACAUACAUGUUAAUUUAAAAGGAAAAUUCACCAAAUCUUGUACUUGUUAUCAUGAAGUGGAUAUGGUAUAAACAAUCACUGAAAAGUUCGUUAUUUUAUAUUUUAACAAUUAACUUCUUUUGAGGGAGAAAAACUCAAAACAAAAAGUCCCAGACUUAGACAUAUUAUUUUGAAUCCUUUGUUGUCACAAAGGGGGAUGACAGAGUCGAUAAGUAGUUGCAACAUAUCUUAAAUAUGACAGAAUUGACAAAUAAUUGCGAUAUAUCCCAAAUGGUGUAGUAACUAACUUAAAGUUGCUAAACAAAAAGAUGUUUGAGCUUUGAGAAUAAAGAAUCUUUUAGUAGAGAAUGCUUUAAUCCUCUUAAUGGACGGAUCCAAUACGGAUUAAGAAUAGUUGAGCAAGAACUUCAAUAUCAAAUGAUUAAAUAAAAAAUAAGUGAAAAUAGAGAGAGGAAUGAGGAGGGGGCUAGGGUUGGGGACUUGGGGUAAAGAAUUAAGGUGAGCACUUGAAUGAGUUUUGUUCCGGCAUUGUAGGGUUGCGUUACUCAAUCUUAAGAGGUGCAAGUUUCCUCGACUUUUAAUGUAACUAUAACCAAAAUUAAUUUUUAAUUAAUAUACCAAAACCAAUAAAUUAUCGUUACCAAAAUGAUAAAAAAUCUAUUAUUCCAAAUAGAGAUUAGGGUCAUGAUUUAUUGAUUGUAAAUUCCACCAUAAUCCUUCCCAUCUUUUGUUUUUCUUUAGAAGAUUUAACUCAAAUGGCCGUCUACCUAAUUUCAUAAAUUAAAAUAAUCAACAAACAUAAUAUAUAUAUAUAAAAUCUAUAUAUAUCGUCUAGAAAAUAUAAACAUUGAAUCUGGUCGGGUAUUUGUGUAACAAUCCCUUUUCUUUAUCAUGAUACACAUUCUUAUUCCUCCCUAACAAAGUAUGAAUCAAUAUAAGUCAUUAAAUUGUGAUACUAUUAAGGUAAAUGUAAAUGACAAUUUUGCCCCCAUGUGUAUGGAGUUCAAAGGGUUGAAGUUAAAACUUAAAUUUGAACAUAAGAGGUUAAUUAGUUUAAAAGGAAAAUUUGAACAUAAGAGGUUAAUUAGUUUAAAAGGAAAAUUUGAAGGGGAAAUAUCUUAAUUCUCUUAUUUUUUUUCCUCAUGUGUGUGUAAUUUUCAUCAUAUUGUAAACUUUUGUUCCUCUCCUUUCCUUUCCUUUCCUUUCCUUUUCAAUUUCCCCUGUGACCAAUCGAUCCAUUCCUAAUUCGAAUCUACUUUCCUUUUUUCCACUUUGCUUCUUUCUGCCGGUGCCGCCUUGCCGCUUGGGUUCCUGACGGCGUUCUUCAUUCAACUUCUCCGGUGAUUUUUCCGGUACCUUUUUAUCUGCACAUAUUAUCAGUUGGAUUGGAGGUCUGAGAAGUAUCUUCGGGUGUUUGUAGUUGAAAGUAGAAUGCAAAGCUAGUACUUCGGAUGACUUCAACAUGCAAAUGGAGCCACAGGUCUCCUUAGAGUGUGACAGAUGCCUCCAUCCUGAGACACUUAUGUGCAAGGAUGGAGUUUCUGAUGAUACACAACAUCCUGCAGCAGCACAGCCAGUGAUAACCUCAGAAGAUCAUCCUGCUGCACAGCUGUCCGUGCUGAUAUAUGAUCAUGCAGUGACACAGCAGGUAUCAUUGUCCCAAGACCAGGUUAUGCUGCAGAAACCAGCCAAAAGGCAGACACGUCAAUGGGCUGCAUGGACACGUCAGGAGGAAGAAAGCUUUUUCUCUGCACUGCGACAAGUUGGCAAGAACUUUGAGAAAAUUACUAGUCGUGUGCAGAGUAAAAACAAGGAUCAGGUCAGACAUUAUUAUUAUCGUCUUGUGAGGCGUAUGAACAAGUUGUUGGGUCCGGAACUUAGUCUUGAUGCCAAAAAUUCCAAGGACACUAAUGCUGCAAUGCUGCGAUGGUGGUCUUUACUGGAAAAGUCUAGCUGUAAAGCUUCAAAGCUUCACUUGAAACCACGGAGAUUUAAAAUAUUUAUCGAGACUUUGGAGAGUCAGCUGUUGAAAGACCGGAAAAAGAAUGUAAGAAGGCGUCCUUCUCAAGGAGAAAGUAGUUCUACAGCUGCUGCAUCUCUUUCAAGUCAUAGCAGAGUGUCAACUAAUGAUAGUCGGACAGUUAAAGUGGUUCUUCUGGACAACCAGGACGUACAGAAAUUUGGAUCUGGAAAAGGCUCUUCUCUAAAACGCCAUGUGACUAUGGGUGUAAAUAGAAGCAACACAAAAGUAGACUCUUCUCCAGUGAAAAAUGCUAGACAUCGACGAAAGAUAGGUUCUGUAUCAACAGCUGCAUAUAAAAGGUGGGAGAAGGCUGCAAUUGCUGGAGUUUCAUUGGUAGCUGAUGCUGCCGAGCAUUUGGAACGGGCAACUAUCGAUAAAGAUGUUGGACUGGUCCAGAAUUCACAGGGUAUAAAUGGAUUUGAACAUGUCGGGAAAGAUGUGCCUUCUUUGCCGACUUUAUCACAAAAUCUGUUAAAUGAGACCAAUUUACAGAGUUGUAUGAAACUCAAGCUCCAGCUGUUUCCUGUUGAUGAAGGAACUAGAAGAGCCCUGGAAAUGGAUAAUCAUAACCCAUACUUGGAACUCACUCUAAGUAAUAGGAAAAAGAUGUCAUCCAUUUUGGAACAUCUCAAUCGUAAAUGGGGAAGCUCGAGCAUAGCAACUGGAAAACUGGUGCUUUUUCCUUACCAUGUUCAGAUGGAAAACCUGGUGCAAUCCCUGAGAUGGACCAAAGAUACUACACUAAGUGCUGCAGAUGUAUAUAAUCUGAUUGGAAGCCCUCCAGUUUUCCGUCUCAGAUAUGGUUGGUUUCCAAAUUCUGAGCUUGGAACGUUUCAAGCACCAUUGUCAUCUACCACUCCCUUUACACAAAAUACUAACACUAACAUAACAGAAGAAAAGAAUGAGGAAGUACUAGCAUCAUCCCAUGGUAAACUUGUACGUUUUUCUAAAGAACCACUAGUUUCUAACCCAAGAAUGACUGUGACAUCCUCCUCAACCGAGCUGUCUGGUGAGUCAAACUUGCAAGCUACCAUGGGUGUGAAUACCUACAAUUCGGAUCAUAAUGAAACUCUGCUAAUGCAUAGACGGGAUAACGGAGCUAUAACCACAGAGAAACAAGUUGAGAUGCAUGAUAUGCAGGGAAGCAAGAACAGUGCUUUAUCAGCAGGGGACUGGGAAGAUAGCCUUACCAACAUAAGUGUUGGAGAUCUUCUCUCUGAUGCACCUGACGAUGAGGAAACAGACUGCAUUGAAUCAACUUUACCUGGAAGCUCUCACUUUCUCCAGCAGAUGCCAUUUAGCUGCGACUCGUUUGACGCAGCGAUUGCUGCUCAUAUAUAUAAACAUCAGAGCAAAGCUGAAUCUCAGAUGGCUCUUCCACCUCAAGCAUCUUCCAUUUGGAAUGCUGAAGAUACAUGUGAUGCUUUUGCAUUUCAAAAAGAUGUUGCUUUCAGACGUACAGCGAACAAUUCAUCCAGCAAUGUUGGUGCAGAGAACCGCCAGCACAUUUCUCAGUCAUCUUCCCUAUUGUUGGAUGCAGGAGUAAAGGAUUUGCCUGGGAAAAUGGAACCUUUAACUGAUGAACUUGCUCAUGAAGAUCCAGUGGAUGAGUGUCAUGCACAAGCUUUGGGUGGUUCUACAAAGGAUCUUAGUGGGCUCUCUGACAUAUAUUGGCCAGACUCUUUAGGACCGCUAGAGUUGGACGCACCUUCAUGUAGAUAUCAUAGUGAAGACCUAAUUUUAAGUGAUAAUAGUCUUGGUGGCUUGAACCGCCUCAUAGCUAGCAGUCUGGAUGCAUUUCAAAAUUGCUCGUUCUUUGGGUUGGACAAGAAAGAGCCUGGAUCUACUGUUGAAGCUGUAGAGACUACUUCAUUAGCAGAUUACAAGAUCGGUGCUAAAGUCUAAGUUUCCUGAAAUUGGAACAAGAGUAAGCGCGGUUUAUUGUUAAAUUUAGUUUGGCUGACUUAUAGAGGUGUCGCAGCAACCUCAAGUCCAGAACUUCCUGCAUGCGCAAGUAAGCAUGGCUCUUGAAAAAAGAGAAGGGUUGAAUGGGACAAAGGUUCUUAAUGUACAGAACAUUAACUUUGAGAAUAUUUCAGGUGUCUCUGGAUCUGUACAUUGUGUAGAUUUAUGUGCAGAGGGUGAAAAUGCCAAAUCAUUUGGUUUUUGCACUGAUGGAUCUUGGAUAUUCUGGACUUUGGCAUGACAAAAUUGAUAUUGAUACAAGAUAUUCGAUUACAAAAACAAUGUGCAUUUUAGAAAAAUAAGUCACUUGUUUGAAAAAGGUAUUUGAUGUUUGGAGGAAGGGGAAAGGAAAUUGGGUUGAAAAGAACGUCCUAAACUUUCAAACUAAAGAAUGUUCUUGCGUUUGGACAUUUAAAAGUCUCCACCUUUCGUUCCCUUUUCUUACUUUGCCCGUGCUUUGUAUGAAAUAGACAUUGGGAAACAAAUCUUCAAAAUAUUCACUAUUUCCUCUCCAAAAUCCAGGCAUCAGAUUAUCGCCAGGAAAUUUUGUCAAAAUGUACUCCAUGGUCCAUCCUGCUGUAAUAUUAUGUGUAUAAAACCUUAUAUUCUGUUUAAGUUUA